UUGCAGAACGACUUUUUCGUCAUUAAUCAGUUGGAAAGUGCGCUGAUAGCAGAUGCAGUCGCUACCAGCCAUCCGUUGUCGUUCAAGAUUGAGAGGUCACUUUCAGCCCUAUAUCUUAUUCCAAAAGGAGCAUCUAUUCUUGCUAUGAUAUCGGCUCUCAUGGGAGAUGUCAGCUUCCAGGAUGGAAUAAAGCAUUAUCUCACGAAAUUCUCCUACAAAAAUGCUCGUUCGAAUGAUCUUUGGGAAGCAUUGGACGCUAUCGGCUCUCCAGCAGUGGGGCCUAAUGGAGAGCCACAUUUGGUUAUAAAGGACUUUGCUGAUCAGUGGACAGUACAGAUGGGAUUCCCACUAGUAACAGUGCACACUCUCAAUUCCUCCUGCUUUGAAAUCACACAGUCUCGUUAUAAAAUGGAAUCGGAAGCUCUGGAGGUCGAGAAAUAUCGACAUCCGAAAUAUGGGUUCAAGUGGGAAGUCCCGAUAUGGUAUCAGCUGCAUGAUGAGAUAAAGUUCGCCUGGUUGCGUAGAGGUUAG